AUGGACCGUAUCAGCAAUCUACCAGACGAGGUGCUUUGUCUAAUACUGUCUCUUCUCCCAACAAAGCAGUCUGCUUUAACAUCGGCACUCUCAAAGCGAUGGCUCAAUCUCUGGAAACUCGUUUCCAAUCUCGACAUCGAUGACUCUGUCUUUCAUCAUCCGGAAGAAGGUAAAGGCCAAAGAGAACAAAUUCGACAGAGCUUCGUUGAUUUCGUGGACAGUGUCCUCGCUAGGCAGGGUGAUGCUCCUAUCAAGAAUUUCACCCUCAAGUGUAUAACCGGUGUCGAUCAAGAUAUUGUGAAACGUUGGAUAAGCAAUGUGAUGCAGCGUGGCGUUUCGGAGCUUAGUGUUUCCACUGAUUUCUCUCUCGAUGAUGUGAACAUGUCAAGUGCAAGCCUCAGGAAGCUAACUCUCCACGGCGCCGUCACCGGUGGUGAAGAGUUUGUAAAUCCGAAGAGCGUUUCGUUUGACACUCCGAGUCUGUACUACUUAGACUACUCUGGUCUACUUGCCGAUGACUAUCCAGUGGUCAAGAUGAGAAAUAUAAUUGCGGCUAAAAUCAAUCUUAUGCUAACUGAGGAUGACAUCAGAAGAUUAAGAGCGCCAAAUAAUGAUUUGUUAGAGAUUGAUGAGGGUUUUGUUCUCCGGUUCGUCAAUGUGUUGUCGCUCAUCUAUGGCAUACGAAAUGCUCACGUAAUUACCUUCUUCGCUGAUACUCUCGAGGUGCUUUCUCCAUGCUAUAAUUCGCUGCCGGUGUUCAACAACCUCAGAUCAUUCGUUGUUACGAGUAACAAGGAUCGUGGAUGGCAAGCAAUGCCUGUUCUUCUAAGGAACUGUCCUCGUUUAGAAACUAUCAUCUUUAAGGGUCUUUUGCAUCAUGUGACAAAUAAAUGUGGAGACGCUUGUCCAUGCAUUCCUCGGGAGGACAAAGGUGGUUCACUGACAUCUUGUCCGGUGAAAAAGAUAGUGAUUCAAGGGUUUCGAGGAACGAUGAAAGAGAUGACCAUGAUUAAGCACCUCUUGGACUAUCUCCCGAGUUUGGAGGAGAUGGAUGUCUUUAUUGACGAGGAUGAUCCGACACAGCUCAGGAACCGUGAAGUGUCUGAUCUUGUCUUGGAGAUGUUUGAACUCUACAACAUCUCAUCGAGCUGCGAUGUCCAGCUCCUGGUGAGUGAAGCCUUGAAUAAGAAGUGGGAUGAACAAGGAUUACGUCUGCCACAUUUCUGA